AUGGGGUCUGGCUCCUCCUCCUAUGCUCCCAAAACCAUCUAUUUGGAUGUAGACGGUAAAGUGCAGAAGGUGCUUUUCAGUCGUCACUGCAGCCCAUGUGAUAUCAAAGAACUGCUGUGUUCCUCCUCCAACAUCCCUAGGAACACUGCUAUAAUGAUGGUGGACCCUGAAGGUGCACUUGUGUCCAUUGAUCCCACGAUGCCCACCAACACCCCCAACUCCCUGUACAAAGUCAUUCCUUUGUCUACCGGCCAGCUGGGAGAAAAGGAAGAUAUGUUUCAGAAUGUACUCUCACAGGUAGCAGAGCAGUUCAGCAGAGCAUUUAGGAUCAACGAACUAAAAACAGAAGUGACCAACAGACUGGCUAUGCUGGAGAAGAGAGUAGAACUGGAGGGGUUAAAGGUCGUAGAGAUCGAAAAGUGCAAAAACGAUUUGAAGAAGCUGAGAGAUGAGAUGACUUCCAGAGCAGGUGGAAGAGUGAAUUGUCCAUGCAAAUACAAUUUCUCCGACGAUGGAAAGAAAUUAACUCCUAGACGUGACGUCCCCAGCUACCCAAAGUACACACUUUCUCAGGAGACCAUUGAAGCGCUGAAGAAACCAACCUUUGAUGUUUGGCACUGGGAGCACAAUGAAAUGCUGAGCUGCCUGGAGUACAUGUACCAUGACUUAGGCCUCGUGAAGGAGUUUAACAUGAACCCGAUUACUCUCAAACGCUGGCUGCUGGGCAUUCAGGAAAAUUACCGCAGCAACCCGUUCCAUAAUUUCCGCCAUUGUUUCUGCGUGAGUCAGAUUAUGUAUGGCAUGAUCCACCUCUGCAACCUUCAGGAAAAGCUCACGCUGACAGAUCUGGGCAUUUUAAUGACUGCUGCCGUGUGUCACGACUUAGACCACCCUGGAUACAACAACACGUACCAGAUCAAUGCUCGUACCGAGUUGGCAGUGCGCUACAAUGACAUCUCGCCCCUGGAGAAUCACCACUGCGCUGUGGCCUUCCAGAUACUCUCACUGCCGGAGUGUAAUAUAUUUGCAAACGUGGAACCAGAGGCCUUUAAACAGAUCCGACAGGCUAUCAUCACACUGAUUUUGGCCACGGACAUGGCCCGGCAUGGCGAGAUUCUGGACUCGUUCAAGCAUAAAGUGGACAAUUUUGACUUCACCAAUGAGGAGCAUGUGACUUGUCUGAAGAUGGUUCUUAUCAAAUGCUGUGACAUUUCCAAUGAAGUCCGGCCUACAGAGGUGGCAGAGCCGUGGGUGGACUGUCUGCUGGAGGAAUAUUUCAUACAGAGUGAUAGAGAGAAAUCUGAGGGGCUUCCUGUGGCACCCUUCAUGGACAGAGACAAAGUCACCAAGCCCACAGCCCAGAUUGGCUUCAUUAAAUUUGUUCUCAUCCCCAUGUUUGAAACUGUCAUGAAGCUCUUCCCUCAGAUUGAAGAGAUUAUGGUGCAGCCUCUCAGAGACUCACGGGACCAUUAUGAGGAGCUGAAGCAAAUUGAUGAUGCCAUGACCGAGGCACAGAAGAAAAAAACAGAAAAUAUGUCAUUAGGAGGGAAGAAGAAAUAAGCACUGCUGUGAGCAUAAUGAUACUGUGAGUCAGAUUUUUGACCCGUCUGCACUGUGUGGACAGAGUUCUGGCACGAGGAUCUGUGAGACGCUGGGCUGCUGUUGAAGACGGCUGGUUUGAAUCCACUGAAUCUAAAGGG